ACUCCCGCCUGGAGGGUGCGGAGGCGGGGUCCCCGAGCUGAAGCUGGGAGUGAGCGGCGCGCAGCCGAGCUCCCGCCCCGCCCUCGGCCGCUCCGGAGCCGGUGCAGCGUCCUCACCGCGUGGCCGGCGAGUGAAAGGCGUGGGGACUGCCGCUCCGGCAUUCCGGACGGCCACAGCGCCUGGCCUCGGAGAAGAGCAGAACUUUGAACUAGCAACAUUUUUGGUCAAUGGGAUAAUCUCCCUCGCUUUGGCUCUCGAUUAUGAGUUAAAGCCCUGCACUGUUUUCCCUCCCCCGAACCUCUCGCGCUGCUGGCGGGAGCCCUCCCGCGCGCCGGAGCGCAGAGCAGAGGCUGCCGAGGCCUCCAGGGGCGGGAGGCGGCCGCCGGCCGGUCCUCCAGGAGCCCGCGCCCCGCUGCGCGGGAGUCCGGGCCCCGGAGGUGGAUGGCGCUAGGGGCGCACGCAGCAUGCAGUCGCUCAACAUCACUCCGGAGCAGUUCUCCCGGCUGCUGCGGGACCACAACCUGACGCGGGAGCAGUUCAUCUCGCUCUAUGGGCUGAGGCCGCUCGUCUACACCCCAGAGCUGCCCGGGCGCGCCAAGCUGGCCUUCGUGCUCACCGGCGUGCUCAUCUUCGCCCUGGCACUCUUUGGCAACGCGUUGGUGGUCUACGUGGUGACCCGCAGCAAGGCCAUGCGCACUGUCACCAACAUCUUCAUCUGCUCCCUGGCGCUCAGCGACCUGCUCAUCGCCUUCUUCUGCAUCCCGGUCACUAUGCUCCAGAACAUCUCCGACAACUGGCUGGGGGGUGCCUUCAUUUGCAAGAUGGUGCCAUUUGUCCAGUCCACCGCUGUCGUGACAGAAAUCCUCACGAUGACCUGCAUUGCUGUGGAGAGACACCAGGGGCUGGUGCAUCCUUUUAAAAUGAAGUGGCAGUACACCAACCGAAGGGCUUUCACAAUGCUGGGGCUGGUCUGGCUGGUGGCUGUCAUCGUGGGAGCGCCCAUGUGGCAUGUGCAACGACUUGAGAUUAAGUAUGACUUCUUAUAUGAGAAAGAACAUGUGUGCUGCUUGGAAGAGUGGAGCAGCCCUGUGCACCAGAAAAUCUACACCACCUUCAUCCUUGUCAUCCUCUUCCUCCUGCCUCUCAUGGUGAUGCUUAUCCUGUACAGUAAGAUUGGCUAUGAACUUUGGAUAAAGAAAAGAGUUGGAGAUGGCUCUGUGCUUCGAACUAUUCAUGGAAAAGAAAUGUCAAAAAUAGCCAGGAAGAAGAAGCGAGCUGUUGUUAUGAUGGUGACAGUGGUGUCUCUCUUUGCCGUGUGCUGGGCACCUUUCCACAUUGUUCACAUGAUGAUGGAAUACAGCAACUUUGAGAAGGAAUAUGAUGAUGUUACAAUCAAGAUGAUUUUUGCUAUAGUGCAAGUAAUUGGAUUCUCCAAUUCCAUCUGUAAUCCAAUUGUUUAUGCAUUUAUGAAUGAAAACUUCAAAAAGAAUUUUUUAUCUGCAGUUUGUUAUUGCAUUGUAAAAGAAACCUUAUCCCCAGCACGAAGGCAUGGAAAUUCAGGGAUUACAAUGAUGCAGAAGAAAGCAAUAUUUUCCCGGAAAGAGAACCCAGUUGAGGAGACCAAAGCAGAAGCCUUCAGUGAUGGCAACAUUGAAGUCAAGUUGUUUGAACAACCUGAAGAGAAGAAACAUCUCAAACGACACCUUACCCUCUUCAAUUCUGAACUUUCUGAGAAUUCUGGUCUAGGCAGUGGGCAUUAA